AUGUGUAACAUAACUGUCGUCCGACAUGCAGCAGAUUUGUUGGAGAAGCUCAGAAGAAUCAAACUCAACAUCUGGUGCAUCUCGGACACCAAGGAAUUUGGUGCUUUUGACGACAUGUUGACGACGGCUGUUAAUCAAGAAGUUCCAGUUCCUCUGCAGGCUGAUUUAGCUGAACUCAAGAAGAUUUUUGAAGCUCUCAGCACAAGAUUAGGUGAAUACUGGGCCAACCAUCACAGGACUAUGAACUCUCCUCACUGGACUCCUCACUGCUCUCCUCGGUGGACUCCUGGGGGACUGGAACCCUCCAUGAACUCAUAUCUGAAUCCAAACCUCCACCAAGACGUGGGAGUGUACACACAGGAGCUGGCUGUGACCGUUCCUAAACCUGUGCACGUAAGGAAGGGGAUUUUUUCUGAGCUGCACAGUAAAGUUUCAGAAGCUGGCAUCCCCGUCACUGCAACACAUUUUGACCAGCAGCAGGAAAUGCUCUGGAUGGGAAACUACACGGGUCAUGUAAAAUCCUUCCUUGGACCUACGAUGGCACACUAUUCUUCUUUCCAAGUGCACGCAACUGAUGCCAUCAGACACAUACAGAGUUUGGAAACAGGCGUGCUGUUCCUUUCUGAGUGCAACCUCAGAUGUUACACUCGUGGAGGCCUCGUCAUGUUUGAUUAUCGGAUGGAGAAAGGAGCUGAUAUGCACAGUCUCCUCAUGACUGAUAACAUGCUGCUCAUGGGGGGAUUACAAAACUAUGUGGUUGAAAUUGACAUGAACACACUUCAAGAAACUCAAAAAUUCACAGUGGAGGCACCUGGAGUGACACUAAUGCGUCAGACCAAUCAUUUCUUCGUCUUUGGGCACCCUUCUGGCAAAGUGACCCUUCGAGACUUACGCACAUUUAGGACACAAAAGUUUGACGCAUUUCCUGGCGGCCUGUCAGACUUUGAUGUUCACGGAAACCUUUUGGCUGUGAGUGGGUUCUCCAGCCGAGGGCUGAAUGAACGUUUCCUGAUGGUGUAUGACCUCCGCAUGAUGCGAGCUGCAACCCCCCUUUGGGUGCAUGUGGAUCCAUUCUUUGUGCGCUUCCUUCCUACCUACACGUCACGGCUCGCAAUCAUCUCACAGACAGGUGAGUGUCAGUUCUGUGAGCCCACUGGCCUCGCCAACAUGGCGGAUAUUUUCCACGUCAACACAAACGGCCACUGUCUCACAAGUUUUGAGGUCUCAUCCAGCAAACAAGCCUUAGCCUUUGGAGAUUCGGGGGGAUGUGUGCGUCUCUGGUCCGAUACUCGGGACGUUAUGUUUAACGUCUACUCCAGAGAGCCCUGCGUUGUAGAUGCACAGCCUCAGCUGGCCUGGAAUCAUAACCUGCAGCCCUGCUCUCCCAUCCCCACUGCCCAGGCUACACCCAGCUCAAGGUGGGCUCCUGGGAUGGACCCAGAAAUCCCACAAACUAUUGAAACUGUUGGCUUCAACAGUUAUGUGGAAAAUCCUUCUGCCUGCCCCUGUAACCAGGUCCCUGCAAAUAAAGAAGGGUCACCUGUUUAUUACAACCACAUCCCUGAAUCUCCAACAGAGAGUGAUGAAGAGCCGCUCCUUCACAUUGUUCCCGAAAAGUACAGAAAGGUGACAAUUAAAUACUCUAAACGUGGACGGGAAGAUUUUGACUUCAAACAUUACAACAGGACGUUGUUUGCUGGCCUGGAGCCGCAGAUUCCCAACGCCUACUGUAACUGCAUGAUCCAGGUGUUAUACUUCCUGGAGCCAGUUCGCUGCCUUGUUCAGAAUCAUUUGUGCCACAAGGAGUUUUGUUUGGCUUGUGAACUCGGCUUCCUCUUCCACAUGUUGGAUUUGUCACAAGGAGAUCCAUGUCAGGCCAGCAACUUCCUCAGAGCACUUCGAAACGUCCCUGAAGCCAAAGAGAUGGGCCUGAUCCUCUCAAACUAUGAGGAGACGACAGGAACAGUCAAGCUAGGUCGCUUAAUCCAGAGAUGGAAUCACUUCAUCCUCUACCAGCUCUUCCAGGAGACACAGGAGCAGGAGGAUCCACGGGCCUACAGGACGACCAGGAGCAGUUCUCUGGGCUCCUCUGGCGACUCUGUCAUUAGAGAGCUGUUUUGUUCUGAAGUUGAGAACCGCAGCCCGUGUCUCUGUGGCAUAGAAACAGUCUACUCCUCCCUCAUGUUGCUGUUCAACAUGCAUUACCCCAACUCUCAAGGAGAAAGAAUAAAGGAGCACGACUUUGCUGAGAUCCUGAAGAAAAGCAUCUGCCUGCAGCAGAGAUCUCACACAUGGUGUGGAAACUGUGACAAGUAUCAGCCCACAGUGCAGACACGCAACAUUCGACGUCUCCCAGAUGUUUUGGUGAUAAACUGUGAGGUGAACAGCAGCAAAGAGGCUGAAUUCUGGAAGGUUCAGGCCGAGUACGCCUUCAACAAAUCCAUGCAGAAGACAGAUCAGGAUCAGCGUCACGUGUGGAUCCCCGCCACUCUCAAGAUGUCCCUCAGCAAAAGUCAGAGACUGGAGAUCAGCAGCUGGCCUGAGGGCGAGGAGUUAAGUGCUGCUGAACAGGCGGAGGGAGCUUCUCUGUAUGACUUGGUGGCCACGGUGCCGCACAUCCUGGACACUGGCGCGGGUGGUAAUCUGGUCGCACACAUCAAAGUGGGUGAGACCUACCAUCAAAGAAAAGAGGGAGUCUCUCGCCAGCAGUGGUACCUCUUCAAUGACUUCCUCAUUGAGCCGAUUGAGCAGACUGAGGCUGCACAGUUUGAUGUGAGCUGGAAAGUGCCAGCCAUCCUGUGUUACGCCAAGAGAAACUACCACACCAAAUACGACCUCCGCAGUGAGUGUCAGCACAAUCAGUCUGAAGUCAAAUCCGACUUAUAUCGGACUCAGAAGCAGAGCAAGACAGACGCCACUUUCAUCCCACUCACAGUCAGUGAGAUGCCGCAGGCUGGUGACCUGGUGGGGCUGGACGCUGAGUUUGUAAAGCUCAGUGAGGAGGAAGCAGUGCUGCAUAGCGACGGCACCAAAUCGACCAUCACGCCCAGUCAGAUGUCUGUGGCCAGGAUCACCUGUGUGAGGGGUCAGGGACCCAACGAGGGGGUCCCCUUCAUCGAUGACUACAUCUCCACUCAGGAGCAGGUGGUCGACUAUUUGACAAAAUACUCUGGAAUCGAACCUGGAGACCUGGAUGCCACAGUAUCCUCUAAGCACGUGACCACGCUGAAGUCGACCUACCUGAAGCUACGCUUCCUCAUCAAUGCAGGAGUUCGCUUCGUCGGCCACGGCCUGCAGAAUGACUUUCGUGUCAUUAAUUUAGUGGUUCCCAAAGAUCAAGUUAUCGACACCGUCGACCUCUUCCGAUUGCCCUACAAGAGGAUGAUUUCUCUGAAAUUCCUUGCUUGGUAUUUUCUUGGCCUCAACAUCCAGGGAGAAACCCACGACAGCACGGAGGACUCAUGCACGGCCCUGAAGCUUUACAGGAAGUACCUGGAGCUGUAUCAGGAAGGAGGGAAUCAUUACGUGACGAAAGUGCUCUACGAAGUCUACGACAAAGGCUUCCAGUUGAACUGGAAAGUCCCAGAUUCGGACAUGAGAUAG